UUUGGUGCUCAUUCUCGACCACCUUCUGCAUUUGCUGCUAUAUACGCUAAAGGUGGCAUUCCCUGCAGGUUAGUGCAUGGCUCCGUAAAGCACAGACUGCAAUGGGAAUGCCUUCCUGAGACUGUUCCCUUUGAUCCUCUUCUUGUAACACUGGCAGAGGGUCUACGAGAGACAAAACAUCCCUAUACAUUUGUUUCAAAGGAGGGUUUUAAAGAAUUGCUUAUGGUUGAAGGUGCUGCUGAAAAAGCAAUUCCCUUGUUGCCUCGUCUAAUUCCAGUGUUAAAGGCUGCAUUGGCCCAUUCGGAUGAUGAAGUAUUCAGAAGGGGAUUGGAUGCUUUAGUUCAACUGAGUGCUGUUGUUGGCCCUUCUCUUAAUGAUCAUCUUAAGCAUCUACUCACAAAUCUUUCAAGGAGAUUAAUGGGCAAGAAACUUAGAGAACAAGUUACUGUUGCAUUACAAAAGUUGGAGCAAUACGGUGGAAGCGCAACUGUGGCUAUCAUCAAAUCUAAAAUUCCAACCUAUUGUUCGGUCUCCUCUUGA